UAUAGCCCCACCCUCGACCCCAGGCGCCCCCAGCAUGAACGACAUCAGUGUUGUCAGAGAGGGGUGGCUCCACAAAAGAGGUGAAUACAUUAAAACAUGGCGCCCUCGCUAUUUCAUCCUCAAGAGCGACGGCUCCUUCAUUGGCUACAAGGAGAAGCCGGAGGUGUCCAGCGACCACAACCUACCACCGCUCAACAACUUCUCUGUCGCGGAAUGCCAGCUCAUGAAGACCGAGCGGCCCAGGCCCAACACGUUUGUCAUUCGCUGUCUGCAGUGGACCACCGUUAUUGAACGCACCUUUCACGUGGACAGCAACGAGGAGAGGGAGGAAUGGAUGCGGUCGAUCCAGACUGUGGCCAACGGCCUGAAGAGCCAGCACACGGAUGAGGAGCCAAUGGAGAUCAAGUUUGGCUCGCCCAGCGACAGCACCGGCACUGAAGAGAUGGAGGUGGCCAUGUCCAAGUCACGCAACAAAGUGACCAUGAGCGACUUUGAUUACCUCAAGCUGCUGGGUAAGGGGACGUUCGGCAAGGUCAUCCUGGUGAAGGAGAAGGCCACCGGCAUGUACUACGCCAUGAAAAUCCUGCGCAAAGAAGUCAUCAUCGCCAAAGACGAGGUGGCCCACACAGUUACAGAGAGCAGAGUUCUCCAAAAUACAAAGCAUCCAUUUCUAACGACGCUGAAAUAUGCUUUCCAAACACACGACCGGCUAUGUUUUGUAAUGGAGUACGCAAACGGAGGAGAGCUCUUCUUCCACUUAUCAAGGGACCGCGUCUUCACCGAGGACCGGGCUCGGUUCUACGGUGCAGAGAUUGUGUCUGCCCUGGAAUACCUACACUCACGCAAUGUUGUUUAUCGGGACCUGAAGCUGGAGAACCUUAUGCUGGAUAAAGACGGACACAUCAAGAUCACAGACUUCGGUCUGUGUAAAGAAGGCAUCACCGAUGGCGCCACCAUGAAAACCUUCUGUGGGACCCCAGAGUACCUGGCACCCGAGGUCCUGGAGGACAACGACUACGGCCGGGCGGUGGACUGGUGGGGCCUGGGCGUGGUAAUGUACGAGAUGAUGUGUGGCCGGCUGCCCUUCUACAACCAGGACCACGAGCGCCUCUUUGAGCUCAUCCUGAUGGAGGAGAUCCGCUUCCCCAAGAACCUGGCCCCCGAGGCCAAGGCCCUGCUGGCAGGCCUGCUGAAGAAGGACCCCAAGCAGAGGCUUGGAGGUGGGGCUGAGGACGCCAAAGAAGUCACAAACCAUAAGUUCUUUACCACCAUCAACUGGCAGGAUGUUGUCGACAAAAAGCUCAUUCCCCCGUUCAAACCCCAAGUGACUUCCGAGACGGACACACGUUACUUCGACGAUGAAUUCACCGCUCAAACCAUCACCGUUACACCUCCAGACAAAUAUGACACCCUGGACGCGGAGGACGCUGACCAGCGUACACAUUUCCCCCAGUUCUCCUACUCUGCCAGCAUACGGGAAUGACCCGGUAAAGCUGAGAAUGGGAAGGCAGGCACACACAUCCCCCAACACCCACCCAAACACACACAAACACACACCCAAACCAACACCCUCAGAAAACACGCACUCGCACUGCUGGGGAGAUCGGCAUGAGGUAAAACGAGAAAACAAAUGGCACAUGUUAAAUUCACACACCGACACACACAAACACACACAUCCCCCACACCAGUACAUCAGUGUGAGAUCAAGACACGGGUCGCCAUCAAGACUCAAACACCAGCCGUGGAUGGGCGACCUCGUCGGGUUCCGCACGGACCCCCUAGUGGUCCGCCUCUGUUGCUCCGGGCAACAGAGUUUGCGUCGGGCCUCGUCUGCAGGCCUCCUGCUGCACUACAACGGGCACCUCAACGGGCACCUCAACGAGCACCUCACCGGGUCCUCCCCACGGGACUAUAACCAGGUUACACCUGCAUCUCACCACCUCGUCACCAGCUGAAACAAUGCCACACACGCGCAUACACACAUACACACACAAACAUACACACACACACACCCCUCCAUUCACAUGUAAAAACCUGAAAGGAUUUUUUUUAUUUUAAGUAGAAUGAAAAUUAUAACUAAUGUAGAGAUACAGAAUUGAUUUUUGUUUUUCCAUUGAUACGGUUUUAAAUUAAUAUAAAGCCAUAUUUCUUCAAUUUUUUUAUUUAUCUUUUUUUAUUUUUACAAGUGCUCUUUCUGGAACUUGCUGUUACAAAUAUAGUGUGGGACUGUUUCCUACAGGGAGGGAGGGGGAGGGGCACUGGCAGUACCAUCUGUGGGAGCUGGACAGAAUGUGGUGUACCCCUCUACGAGGGACGCCAUCACUUGUGUUUGCACUGUGUUUGUGCAUGUGCGCAUGUGGGAAUGAGUGUGUCGAAGUCUGUGUGUGGGUUUGUUCAUAAAAGUGCAAGAGAAUGUAUGAACAACCAUUUGAUUUUCAAAACAUUCAUUCAUGUCUAUUGAUAAGAUUAUUUUUUUCACCAAAUCCGUUAGAUAAAUAUUGAAAAGUGGGGACACUACAGAGUACAGUCAGUGGUUUCACAGUAAUGGGGUGAUUGAAUACUCAAGAGGUUGAUAGUUUUAAAAAUCCGGUCACCUCAUUCAUUCAGUAAUUUCUUGAGAGCGCACAGAACCAUUCACCACCAUUUACCGUCACUGUUGAACAUGUCGGGGUCCAUUGGCAGCAGCUAAAUCUGCCGGAAUAUCACCUCAAUCAUUUUGUCGGACAUCCGUUUUGUUUUUUGUUGUUCCAUGUCCUAUAUCAGUGUAAUGAUUUGUCUUAUUUCGUAAAAAAUAAGCAUUUGAAUGUCCCCAUAUUUAAAGAAUGACAAAUGGUUCAAUCUUUGCUGUUUUCGCUGUGAUGAGGCCAAAAAUUGACUGACUGAUUUCCGGAGCGGUUGAACACUUUGAAUGAUUCCACGUGUAAUGUUUUGGUCCUCUUCUUUUGUGUUUUUUUUCUCAUGCUGUGUUUUUGAGUACUUGGAUAUAUUUCUUAUUUUGCCCAGAAGAUACUAGGGCACUAGUAAGAAUCUUUUUAUUUUUUUGUAAUCCUGAAUGUUUGCUCCGGACAGCAGAUUUAAAACACUCUUGUCAACAUAAGCAUAUAGUAUUCCAUAAUUGCAAGUAUAGAGCAAGGCAUGUCUCUGAACUUUGCAAAAUGAACAUCCUUGUUUUGUUUAAAAAAAAAAAAAAUCAUUUUGUUUUAAUUUUUCCAUGUAUUCUUUCAACUUAGGAAGAGACGUCUCUUUUGAGUAUAUAUUAUAUAAUAUAUAUUAAAACAAGUUCUUUCAAAUGCUGUUCCUUUUUUAGGUUCUCCAUUCCUCUGUUUCAACCUCAUCACUUUUACAGCCUGCCAUUUCACAUUUAUUUUAAGUAUAUGUUUCACUUCCACGCUUUUUCCGUUUUGUCUCUUGUCAUUAUCACCCCACUCCUAAAAUAACUGAACGAAUCAAAUCAGAUUGCUUUGGUUGGCCUUUUAUUGGCUUUCAACCCAAAAAAGAUUUGUACUAGGUAUAAGUCAUCAGUACAGGCCAAGUCUUCAUUUCCUAAAUUACAAUGUUAGAGUUGAGUUGCUUUGUUGUAGUGAGAGAGAAGAUAAGGAAGGGGUGGAAAGAGUAAACCAUUUUGUAGACAUUCUCGUGGAGCCUCCCGUCGAUGUUGCAGAGGGCUGAAGGACACGUUUUAUUUGUGUGUGAGUGAGAUACAUAUGUAGAUAACUGAAGACGGUUGUGAGGUCAUGUCAUCACGGAGCGUGAGUGUGUCCCUGCAGCUCCGGAGUCACUCCCGGUACCGAUGGCUGUUUUCGUUGUAACUAUUCCAACUUCACCACCUCGUCUCAUUGGCUCAGGCAGGGCCAAUCAGUCAAGCCUGGUGUCCACCUUCUGAAACGGCUGGGCCGGACCUGAGGAUUAUGCCACUGAUUGUCUCUCUUUGCCUUCAUCAUUAAAGGGAGAUGCCACAAAGCUUUUAUAAAGUUGGCUCGGAAGCCAUACACUGCACUUUGCUGCUAACUGCUUUGUUUAUUAGUGCUUUACAAAUGAAAGAUGCAAGCUGACACCCUUCCCCUGACUUCUCCUGUAGGCGCACACAGGCACGCUACACACCUGUUCACCAGUAUGGACAGGGAUUCACCAGUAUGAACAGGGGUUCACCACUAUGUGUAUAUACCAAAAAGGCAAAAGCUUGAUAAUAGCAGCAAUAGAAGGGGAGGCCUGCCUUAGUAGUGAUUCAUUUGCAGCUUUAUAGGUUACACGGCUUAUCUAUAUCUGAAUGUGAUUUAACUUAACAGUCACGAAUGUCACACCUUAAUGCUGAUGUAACACAUUUGAUUUUGUUUUGUAUUUUUGUUUGCUUGUUGCUAUCCAAGUUCAGAUGACAAUGAGAAAAGCAAUCUUUCGGGGAGAACAUUGUCCUUGAAGACAGAUUCAGUCCCCCACUGCAAGAUUUUACAAAGUGAUAGGGGAGACCUGCUACAUUAUGAUAGCUUAUAACGUUUGCAACUUAUUAUGUCCCAGUAAAGGUUUUUACUGAAUGAUUCAGUGUUUGUCUUUUUUUAUAGCCUACAAUGCACAUUUUCUCAUAUGACGAGAAUGUGGAUGUCACUCCCAAAUCAAGUAGGCUUUAGAAAAAUGCAUUAGGCCAAUAAUUCAUAGCCAUGAAACUUUGCCCAAUUGUUUAAUAUCAAAACAUAAUACACCAACAUGAGAACAUAAAAUAGUGCUGCAUCAAUAACUGCCUAUUGCUUUUAACCCAAACAUAGUAGGCUAACCCAAUUGUAGCAAUGCAUAUGGCACGUACAUAAGCAGAUUUAUAAUAUUGUGG